ACCCAGCGCCAGCAUUUCAGCAGAAACCGGAGCUCAGGGUGACGCCGGAGAUCGGGUCAUGUUGCUCCUGACUGCUCUAAGAGUGAGGACUGGUGCUGUGUGAUGAACAUGUGCUCAGAGUGUGUUCUCCUCAAGCCGUCGUGACCCACAGCGCCUCAGAGACGCGCACACAUCAGAGUUUCAGCUUCGACAGAACACACACAGCUUCAUAACACGACUCCAGGAUGAAGAAGCCCAUCGAGCAGAGUCAAGCUGAUGAGCUGUGGGCGAGAGACAGCAGCGUGUAGAGGAACAGCUCCUCUCUCUCUCUCUCUCUCUCUCUCUCUCUGGAGGACGCUCAGGCUAUUUACAGAUCCGCUGAGCACACACAGUCCCACAGAUCUGCAGACGCUCCGGUAAACCAGCAGCAUGGAGACCAUGGAGAUGAUGGAGAUCCAGAUGACGGCGCUGGAGGACGAGGAGCACCAGGAGCAGAGGAGCGACGAGCUGGAGGAGCUCAGCAGCAGUCUGCGAGCGCUGGUGCAGGACAGUGCGGUGAAGCCCAAGCUGCAGUGUGUGAUGAUGGACCGCUGUUUCUCCAUGGUCACGGUGCAGAGCGAGGACAGCGGGAUCCAGUGGGAGACCUGCUCCUCUUCCAGCCGCUGCGGCACGCCGUGGCCUCCAGACCUGACCUGCAGUCUCCGCUCACCUGCAGCCGCCGGCAGCAUCAUCGUCAUCAUGGAUGAAGCCCUGAAGACCAGAAGAACCCGGAGGAACCGGUCCGAGAAAGCCAAAUCUGCUCCUCAGGUCAGCCUGGAGGUGCUGGCGGAGGCGGAUCGGCCGGCGAUGGUGGAGGUGUCCAAACCCAACCUGACGGAGGAGCCCGAGGAGCACCGAGCAGAAACACACCAGCAAAUCUUCAGUCUAGUGUCUGAGGGCUCGGAGAUCCUGAACAUCAUCGCUCCGGCCGGGGUCUCCACGGUGGAUGAGGAGGAGAGCGGCGGCCUGGAGGAUCAGCUGUAUUACCUGCAGGAGACGCCGGCCGUGAAGCCCACAGAGACCCUGGAGGAGUCUGGAGAUCUGCAGGAACAGCCUGAGGAGCGUCCUGCGCUUCCAGAACCGCCGGUGCCAGUGCCAGUGCCGCUCCCGCACAUACAGCUGACCCGCAGAGCAGCCAGUGAAGAUUACUUCGAGAAGUUCACACUUCUGGACAGCCGAGCGCCGUCAGGAGCCGCAGCGCUGGAGGAAGCACCGCCGCACACACAGGAGAGCGGCGAGCAGCAGGAGGAGAAGGCGGAUCCUCCAGAAGAGGAAGCUCCCUCAGAAGUGCGCACUGCGGUCAGCAUGCUGGACAUCUCCGGAGAACAUCUGGACGACGUGUUUUACGGCGGAGGUGGAGACCCGAUGGAUCACGACUCUGCGUCCACCAGGGGGCGAGAAUCAAGCAAGCCCUCAGUGAAGGAGAGCGGCAGCGCUCUGUUCACCACUGAAGAACCCGUUCUGACACCCGUAUUCCUUCCUGAAGGGCCUCCGAAGAUCAUCGACCAGAUCCUGCUGGAGGAGCCCAAAGCGCUGGCGUUCCUGUACUCGGACCUGUACGCGGACGCCGUCGGCUCCAGAGCCAAGCGCAGCGAGGAUGAAGACGCCGCCUCGGAGAAGUCCUUCCACAGCCAGCAGUCGGACUCUGAGGACAGAGGAUACCUGGAGAAGUUUGUGCUGAAGGUGGAGGCUCCACGGGGGCCCGAGAGAAUCCUGAAGCCGGAGCCGGCUCAUGUGGAGCCGCAGGGGCCCGUCAGACUAGCCGGAUAUCUGGAGGACCACCGAGAGCAAGAAGCAGGAGGAGAAAAGCAUGAGGAGGAGACAGAGGAGAUCACAGACUUCUUCAGAAACAGCGCAUCCUCAUCACCAUGCCAACCUGCGGAGCCGGAGCCGGAAGAGGAGCCGCUCACCAUCAGGACACCUCGGGUCAGCUUUAAAGACACCGAUACACACACCAGCCACCCUCACACACUCUCAGAGGACACACACACACUGGCAGACCAGACUGAGGACUUCUCGGAUGAGUUCCUCCCGGUGGAGAUCAGUGAGGACUGUCCGGCGUGGGAGGAGAAGCUGCCGGCGCUCAGAGCUGCUGCGCUCAAAUCAGAUGAAGGAAAGCGGAAACCCAGCGAUAAACCAGUCCUGACCCAGAGUCCGGCGAGAGCCGCGAGCGCUCCACACAAACCCUUCCUGGACCUGAGCGCACUGAUGCCUGUGGAGGAGCAGGAGGAGGACACGGCAGAGGUCAGAGGUCAGCCCACAGACGCUUCACUGUCUGAAACGGCUCAUGAUGGAGAUGCUGGAUCUCCCUCUCUCCCUCCGACACACAACUGAUGUGAAAAUACAAUGAGACUCAGCCCGACAUGUUGAUUUGUGAAUGACUCUCAGUCGAUACCGCACCUGCUGGACAUGUAGAGUACUGCACUACACCUGCAGUUCAGGUUACUCUCAGUGUGCACAGUUCAGUCAUGAUUCAGUUCCUCUUCAUCAGACGGUGUCGCAGCAGCUGAACACUGAGGAAGUUCUAGUCGAGUGAAAGGCUUGAGUCCAGCGCUGCAAUAACACACAUGCAGAUCAACUCUGUGGCUGAUUUAGAUGUUGAAACCUUAGAAACAGACGUCUGUAAGUGCUCUACUGUCACUCAUUUGUGAAUAUUCGCAGGUGGCUGGAUUAUUAUGGCCUGUAUUUUUCUGAUCAAACACUUCAUCAUGUCUUGAACACUCUGCUGGUGGAUGAACAGAUCAUAUUCGGCAUAACUCGUCUCAUUUAACAGAUGUUGCUCACGUGUGUGUGCGUGUUUGUGUGUGUGUGUGUGUUCAGAUUUGUAUAUAAUACUUUAUGAACACUCUAAAAAAUACUCUUUAGACCCAACAAAAAAUUAAAAAAAUACGCAACAGUUUGCAUCAAUAUUUUCAAGUUACAAUCUGACAAAAUUAAGUUCAGACAACAACCUUCAUUAUGUUAGCUGAACGACCUGUUCCUCCUCAAUCAGAGGCAUUUUUACAUAGCAGAAACUAUAUUUUUUAAGUUGGGUACUCAAAAAAAUGAAGUUGUUUCAACUAAUGUUUUUUAAUUAAAAUGUAAAAUAACUCCAGUGUUAUGUACUGAACUAUAAUUAUACAUGCAGGUUUCCAAGUUUAGAAGCUCAAAUAAAUGAAGCAGCUGAAAUUGUUAGAUAUUUUUGUACGAUUUUAAAUUGAUUGUUUUAGUCACUUGUAAGAAAUACAUUUAACAACAACAUUUUUGUUUUCCAGUAAUUUCUUAUUCAUUUUAAACCCCAGUUUUCAGUAUUUUACAAAACAAAAGUGUGAACUGACCCAAAUAAACAGUAUGACAAACACCAAAAACAUCAGUGCAUGGACUUAAAGAUACAAAACAACAUCAAGUGCAACAAACUGAGCCAAAUCUACUCUGAAAUACGUGGAGACUUCAGCAAGUACUGCUCUGGAGACGCAUUACUGUUGCACUGGGCUUCAGUCCAUCAAGUUUGAGAAACUUCACAAGUAUAUUUAAGUUCCUUGAGGAAGCUGAGAUUCAGACUAUAUAUAAUGCCCAUCAGCAGAGCACUGGAGAUAUCCAUCCCAUAGCAUUCUGAUGCCCUCAACCAUGAUGGUUUCCAUCUUGUGGUUAAAUUCCAAAUUAGACAGAUCACCAAUGAUAGACAUGGUCAUCACUUCCCUCUCAACCUCCUCCUCAAAUUCUUGUGUAUUCUAGAAAAGCUCUCUGCGUUACUACAAGUUAAAUAUUGUUUCAAACUAAUUAACAGACACAUUUCCCUUUAAAUACAUGUUUUUAGUUAUGUAAUUCAAUAUUUUCCUGUUGUGAAAACUUAAUAAAAUUAUUCUGGCAACUUAAAAGUUUAAUCUAAUCAGCAAUUUAGAAUUGUUAGAUUACAACAAAUAUUAAACUAGUAGUAGCAGACCUCUUGAGUUAUUUUUACAUUACAUUAGCCAAACACUCAUGGCCAGCUGGUUGAAUUCAACAGGUAAAUGUGAAUAUAUAUAUACACAUACAGAUAUACUUUUACCCUUUUUGUUGUAGUUUAAUGAAAGAUAUCAAGAUGAACAAUCGCCAGUAAAGUCAGUAAAGUUCCUCAAUCUGCUGCUCUACAUGAUCUGUUCAACACUUGCUUGAAACAGGGAAACCCAGCAGCACUCAGGAGCGCAGGAUGAUCUGCUGUCAUGGCUUUACUGUCAAUAAAUGUGAUUAUAAUGGAAGUCAAUGGGGCAAAGACAGUCCGUCUGAACAGAGUGUGUUGAUGAGUUUCUGAAAUCAGAAUAUUUGCUGAAAGAGAGAGCUGUGGCCAAAUCAAGCCUCAAAAUCAGCCCAGAGUGGAAGAAAUCGACCCAACAGCACACAAGGGGUUAAGUGCAGGAAAUGCAGACUCUGCUGAUCAACAUCACUCAUUAAUAAAUGUGAACGCUCACCUGCUGCUCAGGUAGAAUCAGGAUCAGGAUCCACUUCAGAUCUGCUUCCACCAGCUCCAGAUGAAGAGAGACGUCAUGAAACACAAAGCUCACAUCAUCAUGCAAUAUACACAUAUAUUAAGAGCCGGGGGGGAGAACACUUUCAGAAACUAAUCAUCAACAGUAAUUGCACUUGUCUGUGCCAAUGGCGUAGUGGAAAGUGCAUUGACACAUGCACUUUAGUGCUUACGGCGGCCCGAGUUUGAUUCCCGCCCCGAGGUCCUACGCCGACCCUUCCCCUCUCUCUGCUCCCCGUGCUUUCCUGUCAAUUUCUCUACUGUAUUAUCCAAUAAAGGUGAAAACCCAGAAUCAGUCAAUAAAUAAAGUGCACAUAAUCUGUC